AUGGCGUCCCAGGACAGAGGCAGGGACAAGAUAAGCCGCAGGACAAGUAGAAAGAUGAAGGAAUCAAGAAGGGAAUCGCGUGGCAUGUCGCUGGAUAUGCCGGAACGCUUCAAGGACGGAGACGACGCACAGGAAGACGUAGCCGCGCCGAAGCGCAGCAACACUGUGUCGAUGAACCAGUCUCUAUUCUCCAUGAUUGCCCGCGCCGGCCAACAGUCACAAGUAGAUUUGGCUACCAUGCAAGAAGCGGACUCGGGCGAAAGUGAUGACGAGGGUAAGCCAAAGACAGCCUUCCGCGGCCUGGAGGGUGCUGCCAGACUAAGUCGCCUGAGCUCUGCGAACAACUUCCAACCUCCGGCAGAGGACACAAAUGAAGGGACGGUCGACAAACGCAAGCACAGACGUACGCUGUCGGAGAACAAGCUAUUACGGUCGUUGCCCAAGUUGAAGUUAUCCAAUCGGAAAGAAGCGCGAGAUGGUCAACGCAGCGAUCAAAUGUCCUCAUCCCAAUUUCUUCCGCCUAAGCCGCCAUCGACCGAGUUACCGACCCCGCCGAGCGAUCAAUCGCCCAAGACCGACAUCAAAGAGAAACCCACGACUGGCGAGGAGAUCCGCUCCGAGAAAAGUAAAAGUUCUGGGCGUAAGAGCCGGCAUGGAAGCUCCGCAGGUCUGGCGAAGAGCAAGACAACAGUCACGCUUGCGCAAAGAGUGCAACAGAUCUUUGAGUUUGAGGAAGUCGAGGAAGUCAUUUCUGAAUAUGCAUGUUGGUUGCUUCAGAGUAUCCUGCUACAAGGAUACAUGUACAUCACCCAGAAGCACAUAUGUUUUUACGCAUAUAUUCCUAAGAAACACCACGACGUCAGCAAAACUGGGUAUUUGUCCAAGCGGGGUCGGUCAAAAUUCAACAGAUAUUGGUUUGUCCUACGCGGAGACGUCCUUGCGUAUUACACCAAUCCAGCAGAGGUCUAUUUCCCCAGAAACCGUAUUAACCUUCAAUAUGCCGUAUCUGCUGAAGUGAUCGAAAGCACGAAGAAAGGAGAGGAGGAAACCAGCUUCGCCAUUACUACCGACGAGAGAAGAUAUCUGUUCAAGGCCGACAGCGUGGCCAGUGCCAAAGAGUGGACCAAGUCGAUACAAAAGGUCAUCUUCCGCACCCACAACGAAGGCAAUAGUGUGAAGAUAUCCCUUCCAAUCCAGAAUGUACUGGAGAUAGAGGAGAGUUCCAUACUGGAUCUUGCAAACACCGUCAAAGUCCGUGUGAUAGACAACGACGAGACGUUUGCCAUCGAUGAAUACUUUUUCUCCUUCUUUAACAAAGGCCAGGAUGCUCUAAAUGUUUUGCGCAUCAUGAUCAACGACAACGAGCAUCAUCAGGGUGACCGUGAGGUGGCUACGCCGACGGGCCAGCGUAAUUCGGUAGUGUCACCCACCCGCACUGGCGCAACACCACACAUAAGUGAAAACGUUCGAGCCACUUUAUCGCCACUACCCGCACCGCAUACGAGAAGGUCAAGCACAAGUGAAGCCUCUACGCAUGCCAUCGCUGAUGUGACUGGAAAAGGGCGGGAUGUACGGCGUAGCAUGGACGCUAGCCGUACCUUUCAACGCUCAAGCUACGAAGUGCGACGACCUAGCCAUGAAGGACGACGAAGCUUUAGUGGUGGUACGCAGUAUGCGCCGUCGAAGGCUCGUCCAGGGGACCGGUCCCCUCAAUCACCGCGAGUGGCUGAUUCAGAGUCUGCUACACUUUCGCUUGACCCAGGUACCGAAUCAUCGGCCGCCAUUCAAUCCAUGGAUGAGAGCAACGCUUCCGCGUCUCAAAUACUGGACCGUUCCGAUGUAUUCCGUGCACCGAACCACCCACCCGCAAUCAACAAGUUGGACCAUCAAGGUCGACAUUCACAGGAGACAACGAGAUCAAGUCAGCUAAAAUCUCCCAAUUCGGGCAAGCGCGACAAGCAACCCCAAACCCCGACAGGUAUACCUGAUUUCGAAGACGAUACCGAUAACAGCCAAGCGCAUCGAUUAUCUGGUUCCUCCUCCGCGCUACAGGAUAUUGCCUCCUAUCCGCUUCAAAAGGCUUCGGGCCUAGCAGGAUUCUUGAGGAACCGAUCGAAGAAGAUGGGUAAUUUGCUAGCCACUGAGUCUAUGGGUUAUUAUGAAAAGGUAUCUGGUAUGCUUGCAGGUGGACGAAAGCACUACAACACCGCAGAGGGCCUGGAGACUGGAGACCAAAUCCAUGGUUUCGAGGAUGACGAAGAUGCAGCGAAGGCUGCGGAGAAUUUUCGCGAUCAUUUCGCCUUUCCAGAAAGCGAAGUACUACAAUCGUCUUUCUUCGCAUCUUUGCAGCGGGUCCUACCAAACUAUGGCAAGAUUUACAUCAGCGGGAGGUAUUUCUGCUUUCGCAGUCUGAUGCCCACAUCCAAGACCAAAAUCAUACUUCCGAUGCGGGACAUUGAGAACGUCAACAAGGAAAAGGGGUUUCGAAUCGGCUACCAUGGCCUCGCUAUUGUUAUCAAAGGUCACGAGGAGCUCUUUUUCGAGUUCUCAAAGGCAGAAUACCGCGACGAGUGUGCAAUCACUGUACUCCGUAUUCUGGAGAACACCAAAUACCUUGAAGACGAGGAUUCGUCUUCUUCAGGAGUUGAUAGCGAGGAUGAGGCCGCCAAAGCAGAGCACGAUCUGCUUCAACAGGCACGUGAGCUUACCGACACGGAUAAGCACGUGAACGUAUCGGAAAUUGUGCGUGCAGCAGACAAUGACCGGAUUCCUCUUAUAUUCGACGACCCUCUUGCUUCGUUUGUGGAUUUUAAGCCUUCAGAGCCACUGACGAUCGUUUGCCUCACCAUCGGAUCCCGAGGUGAUGUUCAGCCCUACAUUGCGUUGUGCAAGGCUCUCCUGAAAGAGGGUCACAAGCCACGCAUUGCGACACAUGCCGAGUUCGAGCCUUGGGUUCGCAAACACGGCAUUGACUUUGCGGUUGUUGAUGGUAACCCGGCUGAGCUCAUGAAGAUUUGUAUUGACCACGGUAUGUUUACGUACGGCUUCAUGAAGGAGGCCAACUCCAAGUUCCGCGGAUGGCUCGACGACGUCUGUAGCUCCUCUUGGCGGGCGUGUCAAGGCGCAGACGUGCUCAUUGAGAGCCCAAGCACUAUGGCAGGAAUCCACAUUGCAGAGGCUCUGGAGAUUCCAUAUUUCCGCGCUUUCACGAUGCCCUGGACACGCACUCGGGCAUACCCGCACGCCUUCUCCGUUCUGGAGACGAAAAUGGGUGGUGGCUACAACAGCUUGACCUACAUCACGUUCGAUACCAUUUUCUGGGCUGCCAUUUCGGGUCAGAUCAACAGGUGGCGUCGCCGAGAACUGGGACUUCAGGGUACAACCCAGCAUAAAAUGCAGGCUGCUCUCCGACCGUUUUUGUACAAUUUCAGCCCCCACGUGGUACCUCCACCACUCGACUGGCCCGACUGGGUGCGUGUCACUGGAUACUGGUUUCUAGACGAAAGUGACACAUACGAACCGCCUGCAGAGUUGACUGCUUUCAUUCAGAAAGCGCGCACCGAUAAGAAGAAGCUGGUGUAUGUUGGAUUUGGCUCCAUCGUGAUCGACGAUCCGGCUGCGCUCACCAAAACUGUUGUCGACUCAGUGUUAAAGGCAGAUGUACGCUGUGUCUUAUCUAAAGGAUGGUCCGAUCGCCUCGAGACCAAGGACGCUUCAAAACCCGAGGUUCCUCUUCCACCAGAAAUUUUCCAAAUCCAGGCCGCACCUCAUGACUGGCUGUUCAAGCAAAUGGAUGCAGCCGUGCAUCAUGGUGGCUCGGGAACUACAGGAGCGAGCCUUCGAGCCGGUAUCCCUACCGUUAUCAAGCCCUUCUUUGGCGACCAGUUCUUCUUUGCUCAGCGCGUUGAAGACUUGGGUGUUGGCAUGUGGAUGAAGAAGGUCAACACAAGCGUGUUUAGCCGCGCGUUGUGGGAAGUAACGAGUAGCGAGCGUAUGAUUGUGAAGGCAAAAGUGUUGGGGCAGAAGAUCCGCAAGGAUAACGGAACACAAGUGGCGAUUCAGACUAUCUAUCGCGAGCUUGAUCGCGCCCGCACGCUUAUCAAGAAGCACACGAAGCAGGAUGACGACCAAACUGAUGAGUUCGAAGAAGACUGGACGAUGAUUGAGGAAGGCGAGGAGAUGGAUGCAGCAGCGCAUGGAUUCGAGGUCCAGCAGCCACUGGCCGGGAUCAAUCAGGAUGCAUCUCGGACUGGCAGGGGAUCUUUGGUGUUGGGAAACAUGGUGUUGAGGGGUGCAGGCGCGCAGAAGCGUGCUUCGGAGCCGGCGCAUGAAGAAUGAGGUUUGUCACGUCAUUCAUGAGCAUAGCUACAGGCGUUUGAAUAGUUUGGGUUUAGACGUACGUAAUGGGCUGCGUGUUAGAGCAGAGUGCACCUAAACGAGACCACGACGACUACGUAUGCAGGGGCUUAUUGGAGGGAGUAAUUGGAUUGUAAUAGGAUAGUUUGACGCAGAAUGAGAUUAUGACUCUCUCA